AUGCAGCAGCAGCAGCCACAACAACAACAGCCACAACAAAUGCAACCUCCACAACAACAACAGACCAUUCAUCAACAACAACAGCAGCAGCCACAACAACAACAGCAAGUUCCAAUGCAACAGCCACAACAGAUGAUGCAACAGACCGUUCCACAGUUACAACAACGACACGCACAGUUGCAACAACAGUCUGGUCUAAUACAGACCAACAUCAACAAGAUACAGGGCUACCUCAAGCAAUUGACGACGCCUGGCGCCCCAUUGCAACCAAAUGCCGAGGCUGCCAUCCCCAAGCUGCGAACCGAUCUGAAUACCCUCGUGAAUCAACAUCAGCAGGUGCACCAAAUCAUGUCGCAUUUGACACAACAGAUACAACAACAACAGCAACAACAACAAGUACAACAACCUCUACAGCCUCAACAACAGCAACAACAAAUUCCACAAGAGCAACAACAACAAUCAAUGAUGCACUAUCAACAACAACAACAACAAGCUCAACAACAACAAGCUCAGCAGCAACAACAGCAUCAAGCUCAGCAACAACAACAACAACAUUUGUUGGCCCAACAACAACAACAACAACAGCAACAACAGUUGCAAAUGCAAGCCCAGGCCCAGGCCCAAGCUCAAGCUCAAGCCCAAGCACAUGGUCAGGUCCAAGUCCAACCAACACAACAACAGAUACAACAACAACAACAACAACAACAACAAAUGCAACCACCUCUACAGGGCCAGAUGAUGCAGGGUCAGAUGCCAGGCCAGAUGAUGCAGGGUCAGAUUCCAGGCCAGAUGAUGCAGGGGCAGAUACAGGGACAGAUCCAGCCUGGACAACAGGUGCUUCAAUCGCCACAACCUCAACAGAUUGUACAGCCACAACAACAGACAUUCAUCCAACCUAACGUCUACCAGCAUCAGUUGAAGCUGCUCAAUGACAGGUUCGUCCAGCUGAACACCAAUCUCCAGACGUGCCAGCAACACAUGGUGCACCUUCAGUCGCAGCCACAGAUGCCCAACGUCCAGCAGCAGAUGUCUGGCCUGCAGGCACAGAUGAAUGCCGAUCGACAACAUCUGCAUAACAUCCAACUCAUCCUAACAUCAUCUCAACCACAGCAACAAUUGUACAUCCAACAACUCAUUCAACAGCAGCAACAACAACAACAGAUGCAACAAGUACAGAUGCAACAGCAGCAGCAGGUACAGCAGCAACAGAUGCAACAACAACAAGUACAACAACAGCAACAACAACAAUCAAUGCCACAGCCCAUGGCCAUGGCAAAGAAUCCUUCAUCACCGCCUGUGUCAACCAAGGUCGAGAAGAAGAGCAGCAAGACAAAGGAGAAGUCAUUGUCGUCUCAUUGGACGACCGAGGAGCAUACACUGUUCCUGGAGGCCGUCGCCAAGUACGGCAUCAAGGAUUACCAUCAGAUAUCACAGCACGUCAAGACGCGUAAUCAUAACCAGGUGCGCACUCACGUUGCCACCUACAACAAGAACCAAAAGAAGGAUGCGCUAAAGUCGUCGACGACCAGCGCCAGCACACCACAGACGUCCGAGACCUUCUCGUCGCCCUCACUUCCAAUACCCAGUUCGCCACCAUCCCAACAAUCACCGCCAGCCGAGAACACAGCCGCCACACCAAUUUCACAGCAACAACAACAAUUACAUCAACAACAGCUACUACAACAACAACAACAGCUUGCUGGUGGCACUGUGCAGUUCUAG